AUGGCUUCUCCAACAUAUGACUUUAUUGUCGUAGGAGGUGGCCCCGCCGGAAGUUCCGUUGCAGCAGGUCUUGCCUCAGCAGGCAAAAAGCCAAGCGUUCUGCUCCUCGAGGCAGGCGGUACAAACGCGGACCGCAACCUCCGCGUCGACGGUCAACGAUGGUUGACUUUCAUGAACAAGGACAUGAACUGGGGCUACAAGACAACGCCCCAGGAACACGCCGAUAGUCGUGAAUUGGAUUAUUCGCGUGGUAAAGGACUCGGUGGUUCGAGUGCGAUCAACUUUGGUGUUUACAGUGUUGGUGCCAGAGAUGAUUAUGAAGAGUGGGCGAGGAUUGUAGGUGAUGAUUCAUUCGGUUGGGAUAAGAUCCAGAAGCGGUAUAAGAGUCUUGAGACGUUCCAUGGAGCUUUGCCUGAGGGUAUUGAUGCGAAGUAUGCUGCGCCCAAGAAUGAGGAUCAUGGAAGUCAAGGAAAACUUCAUGUUGGGUAUGCGGCUGAGUGGGAGAAGGAUCUUCCUCCUGUCCUGGAUCUCUUCGAGGAGGCUGGUUUCCCAUUGAAUCCUGAUCAUAACUCUGGAAACCCUCUCGGAAUGUCGGUUUUGAUCAAUUCGAGUUACAAGGGACGACGAUCUACUGCAAAUGAUCUGUUGGAACCAAAGCCCGAGAACUUGACUGUCUUGACGGAUUCUUCUGUUCAGAGAGUUAUUCUUGAGGGCAACAAGGCAGUCGGUGUUGAAGUCGGUGACAAGAAGUACUACGCUUCGAAGGAAGUCAUCCUCUCAGCAGGAGCCCUCAACACCCCCAGCAUCCUGAUGCACUCCGGCAUAGGCCCCGCCUCCCAACUCUCCCAAUUCAACAUCCCCGUCGUCAAAGACGUCCCCCGCAUCGGCCAAGGUUUGAGGGAUCACAUGUUCACUCCGCUAGUCUAUACCCGCAAAGAAGGCGACACAGCCCGCAAGCCCUUUUACGGUGACCAAAAAGCCAUGGACGAAGCACUCCAGCAAUGGCGCCGGGAUGGCACAGGCCCUUGGACCAAGUUUGCCUGUGAAUUGGGCAUUGGCUGGUUCAAGCUUGAUAAGCUUGUCAAGUCUGAAGAGUUCAAGGCUUUGCCGGAACAGGAGAAGGAGUAUCUUAUGAAGGAGACUGUGCCGCAUUAUGAGAUUCUUACGCACUUUCCUAUUCAUUGGUUCAUUCCGCAAUUCCCGGAUUGUAAUUUGAACUACUCCUGCAUUCUGGUCUUUUACUACAAUUCUCAGAGUCAAGGCGAAGUAACACUCCAAUCCUCCGAUCCCAACGUCCCUCUCAAAUUCGACCCCAAAUUCCUCUCCACACCCUUCGACCGUCGCGCAGCCAUCGAAUCCCUCCGCGAUGCAUUCCGUCUAGUCAAGCACGAAAACUACGUCAAGAACAACGUCGAUACCAUGGUCGGACCAGUGGGCGAUUCCGACGAAGAGCUUCUUGCGCACUGGCGAGCUACUAUUUCAUCGAGCUGGCAUAUGUGCGGUACUACCAAGAUGGGUAAGAAGGAUGAUCCUGAGGCUGUGGUUGAUAGUGAUUUCAAGGUCAUUGGAUUUGAGGGUCUGCGUGUGGCGGAUAUGGGUGUCGUGCCUGUUUUGGCUAGUUGUCAUAUUCAGUCUGUUGCUUAUGUGACGGGUAUGACUGCCGCUGAGAAGUUGAUUGCUGAGUAUGAUCUUUGA